AUGAGCUGGCAAGGAUUCACCAAGGCCGUCUACAGGCUGCCGCAUACAAUCUCCACCAAGACUGGCAUCCGUGAUGAUGACGAGUUUGCAGAGUUGAACGGCAAGUUCACUACCUGCGAAAGGGUCACCGCCAAUCUGUUGCAAGAGGUCAUGAAGUACCGCGACAAUAUCACCUCAGAGUUUGGGAUCGUCCUUGCCGAGAUCUAUGACCCUAAUCUGAGUAUGCCCAGUGGCGAGGUCACCCCGCGUCGAGCCCCGACCGCGCCAGAGUCGAUCCAGGCUGUUGAUAACUUCCAGGCUGUCAUGAGAGAAACAAGGGACAUUCUCCUCCCCGAGGUGGACAAUCUGGAGUUGACUGUGGUUCGACCUCUGCAAGAGAUGUUGAACAACAUGAAGCUGAUCCGCAGGACCAUAACCAAGAGGGAACAUAAGCUGAUCGACUAUGACCGCUACCGCCUCUCGCUCAAAAAGCUGACGGACAAGAAGGAGCGAACCCUUAACGACGAAAAGCAGAUAUACAAGCUGGAGUCACAAUUGGAGGUGGCAACAGCAGACUACGAGGGGCUAAACGGGUUGCUGAGAGAGGAGCUCCCUGGGUUCUUCUACUACAACACAAAGUUGAUCGAACCUGUCUUCAACUCGUUUUAUUUUUUGCAGCUCCGCAUCUACAACAUCAUGCUGGAGCGCAUCACCCCACUUGCCAACAGUGGCUACUACAAUCUGACCAUGAACGUUCUCCAAGGCUAUGAGGCCAGGAAACAAGACACUGCCCCAACGGUCGAAUCCGUCGAAAAAAUCACCCGCAAGUCAGUCACCACCAGCUAUGCGAGCAAGUAUGGACGACCCUCUUAUGAGGAAGGUGCAGAGGAGCACCAGGGAGUCCCGGCGCUGGCACCCAAUACCCACCGUGGGUAUUCUCCUACUGCCCCAACAGCAGGAGUCAAGCCCUGGCAAGCCGGUAUCGCCUCUGCAGGGGCAAAACCAUGGCAGACUGGAGGAUCUGCAGCACCACAAGCACCGGAAGCUGCUGGACUCAAGCCUUGGCAGACUGGAGCAGCAGCAUCUUCGGCUCCCCCUCCUGCUUACAAUGCCAUGCCAGCUCCAACCACACCAGUAGCAGCCACUGAGAAGUCUGGAUCACAAUACACUGGACCGUCGAAUGUCAACAUUCACUUGACGCCGUCGAUUUCUGGUACGAUUUCAGGGACUGCGGCAGCAGCAGCGACGUCGCAUGCGGUAAACAGUUUUAAUGCGACGCUCAACCAGAAGAAAGGCCCUCCUCCACCUAUCCCCAAGCGAAUUGGAGUUUCUGGAGGGGCCAAGAUGGCGGUGGCGCUGUAUAAUUAUGAUGCUCAGCAGGCUGGAGACUUAAGUUUCCGAAAGGACGAUCAUAUUGAGAUUAUUGAAAAGUCGAACAGCGCGAACGACUGGUGGACAGGUAGGCUGAACGGGAAGCAAGGUGUCUUCCCUGGGAACUAUGUCCAGGAGCUGUGA